CUUUCUUCGAAUGAACGUGACUAUAUGACUUCUAACUCUGCUCCUCAAGGCGUAGCGCUCACUCGGUUACCUUCUCCUUGUAUCAAUCUUAAUUUCAGGAUACGAUCUUCUUGACCGGAUGGAUUGCAAUGUCUGUACUUAAUUCGAUAACGGAUCGCGAGGAAUACGCCAUCUCAUUCUUUGCUGCGUCUGUGAUGGAUCCAGAUAGACCCAGGCAUUGCGGACGGUGUCUACUGGGCGGCGCGACACAGAUGACCUUGGGACUAAAGGAAGAGCACAAGGAUCUACAUGACCUGAAUGCUCGCUUGUUAUCCAAGCGACAGACUUUCUGUUCCAGCUCCAUCUGUUUCUUGACGAAGGAACGGACUUAUCAGCAGCUGUCUGAGCUCUUGCACAGGCUACAUACAUGUAAUUGCGACAUCACGACAAGCAUCAUCGCUCUGUACCAUGCUCAUGGAAACCACGCUCAUAAUGAACACAAUCCAUACAGUAAAACCUGUAAUCACAACUCGAAUCAGACCCUGUCCCUCGUUCAUCUUCUCUUCGAUCGACUCGCUGGAAUUCUUCUGGCCAGUAGCCUUCCCAAAGUCUCCAAAGGCGCAAGUCAUAAGCGCUGGCCGAAUGAUAUCCAUGACGUUAUAGUCUACACACCUCAGAUCCUGACUGACUCCGUCAGGCAGUGGAAUCUUCUGCUUGCAGGUCCCGCUGCGUUGAACUUUCUGGCCGGCGCCCUCAACAUCUGUGGUCGUGUCCUCGCUUUCACUCUCAUUCGGUCCGACAUUUUCUUGAAGCAUCUCAUUAUAUCCGUCCGCAGUUUGUGCAAACGUGUUCGCAAGCGUCAAGUAGAAAAUACUACACUCCCCCUACCUACCCUUUAUAAUUUCUUUGCGGUCCUGACGAAGGAAUGCCCCCAGCCACGAUUAUUUUGGUCUCUGGGCUUCCAAUGAUGGGUUGCAGGUUGAAACCCUUCGCAUGUUAUUCGACAUGAUCAAGCUUUGUCGUCAUCCUGAAUUGGGUGGUGCACAAGCAUUUGGCACCCAAAGGAGAUGCGAUAAAGUCAUCGAUUUCUUCUGUUGUCUGGGAAGCUCCGUCUCCCUUCAGAUGGACGUUAUACCGGAAGAGUUGGAACCGAACCUUUGGGUCUCUAUGGGGAUGGGUGACAAACAAGACGAGAGUUUGAUGUGGACCGUGUGCGAAAUCAAGUUUUUACGAAGGAGCACAGCCUGCUGCGUCUCGAGAUGUGGGAAAACAUUUCAGGAGGUCAGAACUGUAUUCAAGAGGUGCGCCGGAUGCCAAAUUGUGCCGUAUUGCAGCACUGAAUGUCAGACCAAGGACUGGAGCGAUCCUUUAUUCCCGCAUAAGAAGACUUGCGUGUUAAUGCGAAGAUUUUUAGAUGCGG